AUGUCGGGCGCUCACACCCCGAUCUCAGCCUCGGCGCCCCGCGCUCUCGCAUGCAGCCUAUGCCAAAAACGCAAAGUGAAAUGUGACCAUAACAAGCCCUGCGGCAACUGCGUCAAGGCCGACGUCCCGUGCAUCCCGGCCCCUCCGCCCAUGCCGCGGAGGAAGCGGCAGCCAAACGCCGAGCUCAGGACGAGGCUCGCCCGCUGCGAGAUCCUGCUCGAGAAGUUCACCAGCGUCCAGGACCUGGCCGCGACGCCCUCGACCUCGGCCGCGCAGUCCACGGUUGGGGAGGACUCACCCCCGCCCAACCACUCGCCAGGGAUCGAGACGCUGCCGGACUUCGACGACUUCCGGGAUUCGCUGACGGCUCAUUCGUCGGAGCCGGACUGGAGUUCGACUCCGAGAAGCCGCCUCGUUAAUGAUCAUGGCUCAACACGCUUCACGGACAGCUUGGUCUGGGGUAUGAUCAAGGCCAUGCAGAGCAUCAUUGGCUCGGAAGGCCACAUCGUACAGGAGGGAGAGGGCACUGAUUUGCAUGAAGACUCAGGGGCGUGUCACCACUGCGAGAGGAUCAUGCAUCGCGAAGAGGGAAACGCCCGGCCCACGGCUGCCCAGUUGAUCCGCCUCUGGCAGAUAUUCCUCGACCGUGUCCACCCGCUGACCAAGAUUAUACACGCCCCUUCCUUCCAGCCCUACGUAGUCGAUGCCACCGGCAACUUUGGAGGGCAGCCCUGGAACAUCCAGGCGCUGCUCUUUGCGAUUUGCCAGAUCUCGGUCAUCUCGCUGGACGAAGAGGAAUGCAUGGCUCUCAUGAGCUGUACGCGGGAUGAUGCCGUCCGUAGAUUCUCCUCGGCAGGGAGGUCAAUCCUGCAUCGCCAUUCGUUCCUAAGAAACAAUGACCUGACCACACUCCAGGCCGUAGUACUUCAAAUGUUAUCGGCCCAUGGUCGCAGCAACCCACGUGCCUCCUGGAUCCUGAACGGGCUGUGCGUCCGCAUCGCUCAAGGUCUGGGUGUCCACAGGGACGGCGAGACCCUCGGCCUCCCCCCGUUCGAGACCGAGAUGAGACGCCGCGUAUGGUGGCAGAUUGUCAUGCUCGACCUCCACUCCUCUUUCAGCACCGGGCUGGCCCCCUCCCUGCUGCCCCGGUACUGCGACAGCAAACUCCCAACGAACCUCAACGACUCGGACAUGAAUCCCGGCGCCACCCAGUACUUCACCGACCGCCAGGGUCCGACCGAGAUGAUCGUAUGCCUGCUCACCUUCCGCAUGGGCGAGUUCCUCAUCAAGACCCCGGGACUCGGAAGCACCAUCUUCCAGCACGAGGCUCAAGUCCUAGGCAUCGACGGCCCCCCAACCUCCACCAUCCCACCUCCCCUUGACGCAAAGCUCAAGGCCAUCGACCAGGCCCUGGACGAGACCAUGGCCAAGUUCUCGCUCCCCUCGGCUGGCCCCAUCCACGCGCUCGCGGACAAGCUGCGGUACUCCUUCUCCGGGAAACUCAGAGACAUGCUCCUCUCCACCAGCCAGGUACCGGCCGAGGGCGGCUCGGCCUCCCCCCAGGACCGCCUCUUCGAGUUCGUCAUCCUCGACAUCGGCCACGCCAUGGACGUGUGCCGCAGCCUCCACGACAAGAACUUCCGCUGGUUCCUCCGCAUGUUCUUCUCCCAAAAGGGCUUCUUCUACCUCGUCGGCCAGGUCUGCCAGCGCACCAGCGGGACCCUCGUCGACCACGCCUGGCAGAUCAUCGAGGACGUCUACCUCUUCUUCGAGGACUUCGCCAACAUGUCCCAGCCGUGGAACUUCGGCCUGGGCACCCUCGUCCUCAAGGCCUGGAGGGCCAGGGAGGCCGCCCUCCUCGUCGCCCUCCACGGCCAGCAGCCCCCCGUGCCCGCCUGCGUCGAGAUCCUGCGCGACAAGAUCGGCCUGACCACCAACGGGUCCACGCCCAGCUCCACGCAGACGCCGGGGGCUGCGGCGGCGGGCGGCAUGGGCCUGCCGGGGGGGAUGGACUACAGCAAUCCCGCCAACUACAACUCGUUUGGCGGCGUGGCGCCGCCGCCCUGGAACGACAUGAUUGACGAGGCUCAGUUUGAUUGGGGGCUGUGGGCGGCGACCGCGCCCACGAACAUGGAAACUUUUUAA